AUGGCGCCCGGCAUCUUGGAAACGAAUUCCGCGGUGGCGGUCGAGAAGGCAACGACGUUGUCAGAGCUGACAGCCGAAUGGGAUGACACGAUUCGAUUUUAUUUGAACGGCACCAAAGUCGCCGUCGACUCUGUCAACCCAGAAGUGACACUCUUGGAGUAUUUGAGGGGCAUCGGACUGACGGGAACCAAACUGGGAUGCGCCGAGGGAGGAUGUGGUGCUUGCACGGUGGUCGUUUCCCACAUCAACCCAACCACGAAGAAGAUCUACCAUGCCUCGGUGAACGCCUGCAUAGCUCCUCUUGUCAGCGUCGAUGGGAAACACAUCAUCACUGUCGAGGGUAUUGGGAAUGUCAAGAAUCCUCACGCGGUUCAGCAGCGCAUUGCGGUUGGAAAUGGAAGCCAAUGUGGUUUCUGUACGCCGGGGAUUGUGAUGAGCCUCUACGCCCUGCUGCGAAAUGAUCCCUCCCCAUCAGAACACGCCGUCGAAGAAGCUUUCGAUGGAAACCUGUGUCGCUGCACCGGAUACAGACCAAUCCUUGAUGCCGCCCAGAGCUUCAAUGCAAUCAACAACUGCGGAAAGGCUAGUUCCAAUGGAGGGUCUGGUUGCUGCAUGGAGAAAAACGCCUCUGAAGGCUGUUGCAAGGGGGCGACAGCAACCAACGAUCAGAAAGGCCAGGUCAAACUGAAGUUUCCUGCGCCAGACUUUAAGCCCUACAGCCCGGACACGGAACUCAUUUUCCCUGCUGCUCUGAGAAAACACGACUUCCGGCCGUUGGCGUUUGGUAACAAGAGGAAGAAGUGGUAUCGGCCAGUGACGGUGGAUCAGCUGUUGCAAAUUAAGAGCGUCCACCCGGAUGCCAAGCUGAUCGGUGGAAGUACGGAAACGCAGAUCGAGAUCAAGUUUAAGGCCAUGCGCUAUGCAGCAUCGGUCUAUGUGGGCGAUAUUCCCGAAUUGCGACUAUACUCUUUUCACGACGAUUAUUUGGAGAUCGGCGCCAAUGUCUCUUUGACAGACUUGGAAUCGAUCUGCGAACAAGCCGUGCAGAAGUAUGGCUCGACCCGGGGCCAACCAUUCGAAGCAAUCAAGAAGCAGCUGCGAUAUUUCGCUGGAAGACAGAUUCGCAACGUCGCCUCUCCUGCCGGCAACCUGGCCACAGCCUCACCAAUUUCAGACCUCAACCCUGUCUUUGUGGCUACAAAUACCGUCCUCAUUGCCAAGUCUCUUGAUGGCGAGAAGGAAAUUCCCAUGGCCGAGUUUUUCCAGGGCUACAGAAAAACAGCUCUUCCCGCGAACGCCAUCAUUUCCAGUCUCCGUAUUCCAGCCGCGCAGAAGACGGGAGACCAUAUGCGGACAUACAAGCAGGCCAAGCGAAAGGAUGAUGACAUUGCCAUUGUCAAUGCUGCACUGCGCGUUUCGUUGUCGGAGUCCAACGAUGUGACCAGUACCAAACUUGUAUUCGGCGGUAUGGCGCCUAUGACAGUGUCCGCGAAGAAUGCAGAAGCGUUCUUGGUUGGCCAGAAAUUUACAUCCCCGGCGACACUGGAGGGGACGAUGAGCGCAUUGGAAAAGGAUUUCAAUCUGGCCUUUGGGGUUCCUGGUGGCAUGGCUACCUACCGAAAAUCUUUGGCUCUGGGAUUUUUCUACCGAUUCUACCAUGAUAUUCUCUCACAGCUAGAGGUCAAGUCGUCGGACCUUGAUCCCGAUGUUGUUGCCGAGAUUGAACGAGCCAUUUCCUCGGGAGAGAAAGAUCAUGAGGCAUCUGUCGCCUACCAGCAAAAGAUUCUUGGAAAAGCUACUCCGCAUGUCUCAGCACUCAAGCAGUCUACCGGCGAGGCUCAAUAUACCGAUGACCUCCCAGUACAGCAGAACGAGUUGUUCGGUUGCAUGGUUCUCUCCACCAAAGCACAUGCCAAGAUAAUCAGCGUUGAUGUUUCUGCCGCCCUUGAUAUCCCAGGUGUUGUUGACUACGUCGAUCAUACGGACCUUCCGAAUCCUCAAGCCAACUGGUGGGGAGCACCCAAAUCAGAUGAGCUUUUCUUUGCUGUCGAUGAGGUUACCACUGCUGGCCAGCCUAUUGGAAUGAUACUGGCGCACACGGCCAAGACAGCUGAAGAGGCUAUGAGGGCUGUCAAGGUUGAAUAUGAAGACUUGCCAGCCAUCCUCACAAUGGAAGAGGCAAUCGAAGCUGAAUCCUACUUUGAACAUUACCGUUACAUAAAAGAUGGCGAUCCAGAGGAAGCAUUCAAGCAGGCUGCUCAUGUCUUCACGGGUGUUUCGCGUAUCGGUGGCCAGGAACACUUCUAUCUCGAGACCCAGGCUUGUGUCGCGAUUCCUAAGCCAGAGGAUGGUGAGAUGGAAGUGUGGAGCGGAACCCAGAAUCCCACUGAAACACAAACAUAUAUUGCGCAGGUAACUGGAGUCGCAGCGAACAAAAUUGUCUCGCGUGUGAAGAGACUUGGCGGUGGCUUUGGAGGCAAGGAAACACGUUCAAUUCAGUUGGCUGGGCUUUGUGCCACCGCUGCUGCCAAGACGAAACGACCUGUCCGUUCGAUGCUUAACCGUGACGAGGAUAUCUUGACCUCAGGCCAGCGCCAUCCGUUCCUCUGCCGAUGGAAGGUCGGGGUAACGAAGGAGGGCAAGCUUCUCGCUCUCGAUGCCGAUGUCUUCGCCAACGGAGGUCACACUCAAGAUCUAUCCGGUGCUGUUGUGGAAAGAAGUCUCUCGCACAUCGACGGGGUAUACAAGAUUCCAAAUGUCAAUGUGCGCGGCCGGAUCUGCAAAACAAAUACGGUGUCGAACACCGCGUUCCGAGGCUUUGGGGGACCUCAGGGUCUGUUUUUCGCCGAGUGCUACCUGUCCGAAAUUGCCGAUCAUCUCAACAUCCCCGUCGAGGAGCUGCGGGAAAUCAACAUGUACAAGCCCGGCGAAAAAACGCACUUCAACCAGGUUCUCAAAGACUGGCAUGUUCCACUAAUGUACAAGCAAGUCAUGGACGACAGCUCAUACCCACAGCGCCGCAAGGCUGUGGAAGAAUACAACUCGCAGCAUAAAUGGUCCAAACGUGGAAUGGCCAUUGUGCCGACCAAGUUUGGCAUUUCCUUCACGGCUCUCUUCUUGAAUCAAGCGGGUGCCCUUGUUCAUAUAUAUCAUGACGGCAGUGUUCUCGUUGCCCACGGGGGUGUUGAGAUGGGUCAAGGAUUACACACGAAGAUGACUAUGAUCGCUGCCGAAGCGCUUCAGGUUCCGCAAACUGACGUCUUCAUCUCUGAAACGGCUACCAACACAGUAGCCAACACAUCCUCAACCGCUGCAUCAGCCAGCUCCGACCUCAACGGCUACGCCAUUUUCAAUGCCUGCGAACAAAUCAACGAACGCCUCCGUCCCUACCGCGAGAAGAUGCCUAAUGCCACGAUGAAAGAGCUCGCCCACACCGCAUAUUUCGACCGGGUCAACCUCUCCGCUCAGGGAUACUACCGUACCCCGGACAUCGGCUACGUAUGGGGCGAGAACAGCGGACAAAUGUUCUUCUACUUCACGCAAGGUGUCACUGCCGCCGAAGUGCAGAUUGACACCUUGACAGGUGACUGGACGCCCCUGCGCGCAGACAUCAAGAUGGACGUCGGCCGCACCAUCAACCCAUCCGUCGACUACGGUCAGAUCGAAGGCGCCUACGUCCAAGGCCAGGGCCUCUUCACCACCGAAGAAAGUCUUUGGCACCGGGCCUCGGGCCAGAUCUUCACCCGCGGGCCUGGCAGCUACAAGAUCCCUGGGUUCCGCGAUAUCCCGCAGGUGUUCAACGUGAGCCUGCUCAAGGACGUCGAGUGGGAGAAUCUCCGCACCAUCCAGCGCUCGAGAGGUGUCGGGGAGCCGCCACUGUUUAUGGGUAGUGCUGUCUUCUUUGCCAUUCGUGACGCUCUCAAAGCAGCCCGCAAGCAGUGGGGCAUGGAGGAUGUUUUGAGCUUGCAGAGCCCUGCUACCCCCGAGCGCAUCCGGGUGAGCUGUGCUGAUCCCAUUAUUGAGCGGGCGAGAGUUCUUCCUAAGGAGGGCGAGAAGAGCUUCUUUGUUUCUAUUUAG